UACUGUGCCUCUGCUUAUUUGCUGAUUUUGACUCUCGCUCUCUUACACGCGCACUCUCUCUUUUUCCCUCUCUCUCUCUCGCUGUUGCCUGCUCUCUCUCUCUCUCUCUCUCUCUCUCUCUUCUUCCAGUACUGGCCUGAGCUCCAGCUGUAGGUGGAGCUGGCUUUCCUGGAAUUGUCGGGCAACUUUUCCUGUUGUGCUUGCUACCUCUUGCUCAAUCACUUGCUUAAUGACAGCUCUACUGCAGGACUUAUGGGGCUCUGAAAACUUGUGCCAUCUGGAUGCAUAUCUCUACAAGCAUGCUGGAGUUAAUGACUGGUGCAUUUUGUGGUAUAAACAUAUUUUCAUGAUUCGAGUCAGAAGUUCUCCUUCAGCAAAAAUGUCUCGGCAGUACAAAGUGGGGCGAAAUCCAUCGAUAGCUGAUCAGCUUCCCUGGAUUUCGCUGAACAUCCCGCUUUGUUUUGCUUGAAAAUGGAAACGCUGGAGUCGGAGCUGACCUGCCCAAUCUGUCUGGAGCUUUUCGAGGACCCACUGCUGUUACCCUGCGCUCACAGUCUUUGUUUCAAUUGCGCCCACCGAAUCCUGGUCUCCCACUGCACCCCCAGCGAGCCAAUUCAGUCCAUCAGCGCCUUUCAGUGCCCCACCUGUCGCUAUGUCAUCACCCUCAACCAGAGGGGCUUAGAGGGACUCAAACGCAACGUCACUCUGCAGAAUAUCAUCGACCGCUACCAGAAAGCUUCUUUAAGUGGACCCAACUCUCCUAACGAGACUCGGCGUGAGCGAGCCGUCCCUGACAGCACAGCCAUGACGUCCCCCUGCAACCGGGUCCAGUGUCAGUUCUGCGAGCAGGACCCUCCGCAGGAUGCCGUGAAGACUUGCGUCACUUGCGAGGUGUCGUACUGCGAGGAGUGUCUCAAGGCCACCCAUCCAAACAAAAAGCCUUUCACGGGCCACCGUCUAAUCGAGCCCUUGCUUGACUCACAUCUACGAGGGCUUAUGUGUCUGGAGCACGAGGACGAGAAGGUCAACAUGUACUGUGUGACGGAUGAGCAGCUGAUCUGCGCAUUGUGUAAGCUAGUUGGCCGACACCGAGACCACCAAGUAGCAGCCCUCAGUGACCGAUAUGACAAACUCAAGAAAUCUCCCGGCCGCUUUCUCUGUGUGGGGCGUGAUCAUUCGUUCCAGGAGGCAGAGCAGCAAGCCUUGGAUUCCAACCUCAGCAAUCUAAUCAAGAGGACCAGUGAGUUGGAAAGUCUGAUGGGCAAACUUAUCCAAACCUGCCAACAUGUGGAGGUAAAUGCAUCGCGACAAGAAAACAAGCUGCAGGAAGAGUGUGACCUGCUGAUUAAUAUCAUACAGCAGCGAAGACAAAUCAUAGCUACCAAGAUAAAGGAGGGCAAGUCUGUGAGGCUGAGGAAGCUAGCCCAGCAGAUAGCCGGCUGCAAGCAGUGCAUUGAGAGGUCCUCCUCUCUCAUCACUCAGGCUGACCAAACCCUCAAGGAGACAGACCACGCUCGCUUUCUUCAGACAGCUAAAAGUAUCUGUGAGAGAGUGUCUAUGGCAACAGCAUCCUCCCAAAUCCUGUUACCAGAAAUUAACCUGAAUGACACAUUUGAUACUUUUGCUUUGGACUUCACAAGGGAGAAGAAAAUGCUAGAAAGCUUAGAUUACCUCACAGCGCCAAAUCCACCAGUAAUCCGCGAGGAACUCUGUACAGCUUCAUAUGACACGAUCACGGUUCACUGGACAUCAGAUGAUGAAUUCUCUGUUGUAUCAUACGAGCUACAGUAUGCCAUCUUCACCAGCCAAUCUAAUGUUGUCAGUUUGUGUAAAUCUGCUGAUAGCUGGAUGAUAGUACCAAACAUCAAGCAAAAUCACUACACGGUGCAUGGACUCCAGUGUGGCACCAAGUACAUUUUCAUAGUGAAAGCAAUAAACCAGGCUGGAACCCGCAGCAGUGAACCAGGGAAACUCAAGACAAACAGUCAGCCAUUCAAACUGGACCCAAAGUCUGCUCACCGGAAGCUGAGGGUGUCCCAUGACAACCUGACAGUAGAGAGGGAUGAGACAUCGUCCAAGAAAAGCCAUAGUCAGGAUCGCUUCUCCAGCCACAGCAGCUACGGUGUCACGGGAAAUGUCUACAUUGACAGUGGGCGCCAUUACUGGGAGGCUCUGAUUGGGGGAAGCACAUGGUUUGCAGUAGGAAUUGCGUACAAGUCAGCACCGAAACACGAGUGGGUCGGCAAAAACUCAGCCUCCUGGGUAAUGUCUCGCUGCAACAACUCAUGGGUGGUGCGUCACAACAGUAAAGAGAUUCCCAUCGAGCCCUCGCCCCACCUGCGGCGUCUCGGGGUGUUGUUGGACUAUGAUUCUGGAUCUCUGUCUUUUUAUGACGCUGUUGGUUCUCAGCACUUGUAUACGUUUGACAUUGACUUUGCUCAGCCAGUCUGCCCUGUGUUCAAUGUUUGGAACAGAUGCCUAACAAUCCUGAGUGGACUGCCUAUCCCCGAUCACUUAGAGGGAACAGACUACAACAACUGAUAAACCUGCCCCGUCUUUCCUGGAU